CCGAGAUAGGUAGGAUUAUUUCCUCACUUCUUCCCAGCCAGCCACGAGCCACCUCCCACAAACCGAUGCUAGCUUUGACUGCCCUGAUCAGAAGAAUCUAGUUAGCGACCACCACUGUCUUCUCUUCCAAAUCAACCACUGAUCGAGAAAAGUACACGAGGGAGCUGGAUCCAUCUCCACAAUGGCUUCCGCGAACAACUGGUUAGGCUUCUCGCUCUCCGGCCAGGGAAACCCACAGCUUCAGCAGAACGGUUCACCGGCCGCCGCGUCCAUUGACGUCUCCGGUGGAGGAGAUUUCUAUGGCCUGCAAGCUCAGACACCCCCGGAAGCGCAUCUCGGCAUGUCCGGCCUCCGGGCCGACACGAACUACGGCGUCAUGGAUGGCUUCGACGGGGGAAACCAAGAAACCCAAGAUUGGGCAAUGAGGGGUUUGGACUACCACGGCGGCUCCUCUGAGCUGUCCAUGCUAGUCGGAUCGAGCGGCGGGAGGAUGACCGUCGACGACGGCGAGGCGCCGAAGCUCGAGGACUUCCUGGGAGGCAACUCCUUCUCCGACGUGCAAGACCACGCCGGCAGCUAUCUAUUCUCCUCCGGAGGCGCCGCGAUAGGAGGUGGCGCGGCGACCAGUUCGCAUGGCGUCGACGGCGGCCGUGGCGGCAGCACCAUCGAGCUGUCCAUGAUAAAGACCUGGCUCCGCAAUGACAAUAAUCAAGCGCAGAAUGAACAAGCGAUGAGCGCCGACGCGAGCGCUACCACCUACGCGUGCUCCGGCGCGCUGGCGGCCAGCGGUAACGGCGUGGGCGCGGCGAGCUCGCGCGGUCAGCAGGGCCUCGCGCUCUCGAUGAGCAUGGGGUCGAACUCGCACCCACAGAUGCCGGUGGUGGCGGCUGCUGCUGGUGGAGGAGCCGAGAGCACGUCGUCGGAGAACAAGCGGGUCGAUUCGCCGAGCGCCGGCACGGGGGACGCCGUCCAGAGGAAAUCCAUCGACACCUUCGGGCAAAGGACCUCGAUCUACCGAGGUGUCACAAGGCAUAGAUGGACUGGCCGAUAUGAGGCACAUCUCUGGGAUAAUAGCUGCAGAAGAGAAGGGCAAACUCGUAAGGGGAAACAAGUUUAUCUGGGCGGUUACGAUAAAGAAGACAAGGCAGCUAGGGCUUAUGAUUUGGCAGCUCUAAAAUACUGGGGAACAACCACAACAACAAAUAUCCCAAUAAGUACUUACGAGAAGGAGAUUGAGGAAAUGAAACACAUGACCAGGCAGGAGUACAUUGCAUAUCUUAGGAGGAAUAGUAGUGGUUUUUCUCGUGGUGCGUCAAAAUAUCGUGGUGUAACCAGGCAUCAUCAGCAAGGGAGAUGGCAAGCAAGGAUAGGGAGAGUGGCAGGCAACAAGGAUCUCUACCUCGGCACCUUCACGACCGAGGAGGAGGCCGCCGAGGCGUACGACAUCGCGGCCAUCAAGUUCCGGGGACUCAACGCCGUCACAAACUUCGAAAUGAGCCGCUACGACGUGAAGAGCAUCCUGGAGGGAAGCACGUUGCCGGUGGGAGGCGCGGCGAGGCGGCUGAAGGAGGCGGCGGAGCUGGCCGAGGCAGGCGUCUGGCGGGCGGAGGACGGCAGCCUCGUCUCGCACCUCCAUACCGCCGACAGCAUUGGCAUGGGAGGGUACCACCACGGCUGGCCCACGUCCAUCGCGUUCGGCGGACACCAGCAACAGCCGUCGGCAGCACAGCACCUGGCCGCGCACUACCCCCAGUACGCCGGGCACGGGUGGUGCAAGACGGAGCAGGACGCGGUGAUCGCGGCCGGUCACGGCGCGCAGGACGCCCACCAGGAGCUGCACCUGGGAACGCACAACUUUUUCCAGAUGCCGGCGUCGAGGACGGCCGUCUACGGCAACGGUGGUGGCGCCUGGUACCAGGGCCUCGGCGGCAACGCUUUCAUGAUGCCGGUGGGCACGACGGUGGAAGCCGGCGAGCAUGGGCAUAGCGGUAGCACGGCGACUACGGAGGAGGGGAGGCUCGUGGGCUACAGCGCCGACCAGGGUGGCGUCGACCCGUACGCGGCGAUGAGGCGCGCGUACGAGCUCUCCCAGGGAUCGUCGUCGGUGAGCGUCGCCAAGGUGGCGGACGGGUACUCCAAUAACUGGAGCUCGCCGUUCAGCGGCAUGGGAUGAUCGACCAAGCACGUGCUGGAUUACCAAUUGCCACUAGCUUGUUGUAACGUUCGUACGUUGUGCGAGUAACUAGAAGUUGAUCAAGUUCAGUCAUUUUUAGGAUAGUCUAGAGCAGUGCAUGCGCACGACCGGCCGGUCCCUUCUGAAAGGUAGUAAUGGCUGGUGAUCGGUGAAGUAGGACAUGUUGUAAAUCACCAUCACUAUGCUGUUAGUUUUGGGAAUUUCAGGAGGAAGAAAUCAAGCUAAUCUAUCAAAGAAACUUUCCGUAGGUAGUAGUUUUAUGAUCAGACUCAUUCGUGUAGCUAUUUCAGUACUAGGUUAAUCUGGUUCGAUUGGUAAUUUGGUCAGC